CGGUGCUCGGCCACGCGGCAGCCCUGCUUCCAGAAGGGAAUUAACGCGGGAAUGCCGGAAGAUACAGUUUCACAACCGCAGGCUGUACAUAGCCAACUGGAGAAGCCAUCAACUACUGCAAUUCUCUGCAAUAACUGUGGAAACCCAUGCAAAGGAGAAGUUUUGAGAGUUCAGAACAAAUAUUUCCAUAUUAAGUGCUUUGUUUGUAAAGCUUGUGGAUGUGACCUGGCUCAAGGAGGAUUUUUUGUGAGACAGGGAGACUACAUCUGUACUUUGGACUACCAGAGACUCUAUGGCACACGGUGCUUCAGUUGUGAUGAAUUCAUUGAGGGAGAAGUGGUCUCAGCACUGGGCAAAACCUAUCACCCAGACUGUUUUGUGUGUGCUGUCUGCAGGCUGCCUUUCCCCGCGGGCGACCGGGUAACUUUUAACGGGAAGGAGUGCAUCUGCCAGAAAUGUUCCCUGCCCCCUUCCAGCAGCACCGGCUCUUUCCCUGUACAGAACCUGCGAAAUUGUGGGGGCUGUGGUUCAGAAAUAAAAAAUGGGCAGUCAUUGGUUGCCUUGGACAAACACUGGCAUUUGGGCUGUUUUAAGUGCAAUACAUGCGGCAAGCUACUGAAUGCAGAGUACAUCAGCAAAGAUGGUGUUCCAUACUGCGAAAUGGACUAUCAUGCAAAGUUUGGUAUCAGAUGUGACAAUUGUGAGAAGUAUAUCACAGGAAGAGUGCUCGAGGCAGGAGAAAAACAUUAUCACCCAACGUGCGCACGAUGUGUCAGGUGCAGUCAGAUGUUUGCAGAAGGAGAAGAAAUGUAUCUUCAAGGUACAUCCAUCUGGCAUCCAGUUUGUAGGCAGGCUGCAAAGGCUGAAGAAAAAAACAAGGAAACGAGGACUUCCUCUGAGAGUAUUAUUUCUGUACCUGCUUCAAGUACAUCAGGUUCCCCAAGCCGUGUGAUCUAUGCAAAGCUUGGAGAUGAAAUUCUUGACUACAGGGAUUUGGCUGCUCUUCCUAAAAAUAAAGCCAUCUAUAACAUUGACCGCCCAGAUAUGAUCUCCUAUUCUCCAUAUAUCAGUUACUCUUCAGAUGACAGGCAUAGUUACGGGGAGGGUGACCAAGAUGACAGAUCUUUCAAGCAGUACAGGACGUCAAGUCCUAGCUCUGCUGGCUCGCUGGGCUAUGGUCGCUACACUCCAACCUCCCAUUCUCCUCAGCAUUACAGCAGACCAGCUGGUACUCACAGUCUUGGUACCAGUAGCUGCAUCUCCCUGCCCCAACACCCAAGCCCUACAUCUACAUUCAGACAUCAUUACAUCCCUUUCUUCAAAGGCAGUGAAAGUGGUCGGAGCACUCCAAGCUUAUCCAUGUACUCAGACAGCAAAUCUUCACCUUCUGUCUAUCAGCAGGCUCCUAGGCAUUUCCAUAUUCCAGACACUGGCGUAAAAGAUAACAUCUAUAGGAAACCUCCUAUCUACAAACAGCAUGCAGCAAGAAGAUCAGAAGGGGAGGAUGGAAGCUUGGAUCAGGACAGUAAGAAGCUAAAGACCAGUUGGCUUAUUCUGAAAGGGGAUAUGGACACCAGAACUAAUUCUCCGGAUUCGGACACGCGAUCCCUGUCUCUUACUGCCGGAACCGACAGAGAAAACUUCCCGAGGGCGCAGGAGGGCACGACUGCCGGCUACUCCCGAUUUCCAUAUUCUAAAUCUGCUUCUCUACCUGGCUAUGGAAAGAAUGGUUUACAUCAGAGACCUGAAAAUAUGGGCCAAUAUGAAACGGACCAGGAGGCAAGCUGGGGGAUGAAAGAAUACAAGAUUUAUCCUUAUGAAACACUUAUUGUAACAAACCGAGUUCGUGUGAAAUUGCCUAAGGAUGUGGACAGGACCAGGCUGGAGAGGCAUUUGUCCCCUGAAGAGUUCCAGGAAGUCUUCAAAAUGAGCAUUGAGGAAUUUGAUCGUCUGGCACUUUGGAAGCGAAAUGACCUGAAGAAAAAGGCCCUGCUUUUCUAGCCCCUCCCGGAUAAAAUAUGUGCUUAAUCAAAACAAAAAUAGUCUUGCCAGAACUAUCACAUGCACUUGCUGUUGAACCAUUGUCCAGCUUCAUUGUGUUAGUAUGUGUCAGGGGAAACAGGACAGAUUAGAUGGCAAUGCGUUGGAAUACAGAGAAUUUGCUAAUCUUGCAUGACCAGCUGGUUUUGUCAGUAACUCCUGGUCCUACCCAGUUUACAACAUGCAAAAAAUCUAGCUUUAAAUUUAUUGUUGCUUGCAGUUAUUGCUUGAUGCAAACGGAAAUUCUGAAGGGAAGAGAAAAAAGUGUAGCUGUGACAAAGGAAAUGCAUCCAACAUUUUGUUCUAUUAAGUUUUACAACACAAUUUUUACAAAAUCAAGUAAGUAAUGAAGAUAAAAGUCUCCAAGGGGGGAUCACAUGCUAUUAAAAAUACGGUAAAAGCCAAAGAAAAGCAUGUUCACAAGCAAUUAUUGCAAUUGUUUAUGUGUGGUACUUUUUAAAAAUGAAAGCAAAAAUAUGGAAGCACCUUAAUUCUACUUCUUAUAUUUAGACACAGCCUACUCUCUAAAAGGACAUAUUUGUCUAGAAGGUAACUAGCUAUCUUUAAUUACAACACAAGAGUUUUUAUUUUAUUAAGAAUAUAUUGUGACAUAAAACAGUUAUAAUGACUAAAAUGUAUACAGACCUACUUAAAAAUUUAGUCCCAUUCAUCAGGAAAACUGAAGCCUUAUACAAAACUGGUUUAAGAGUGUAUUGUGCCAGUUAACCGUGUUUUCCUACUAGUUUGGGGUGUUUGGAGAACUUUUUUUUUACAUUUCAUGCUGAAAAAAAUACCAUGUAAUCUUAAUUAUAUGUAGAUAGAUAUAUCUAUCUAUAAAAGAAUUAUUUUCAUUAAUAUGUGUCCUAAGUAAAGACAUUCUUACUUUUUCCACUUUCUGGCUUUACAUGAUAAGCCAUGAGAAUGGUGAUGGCAAUUGGUAGGUGUGGAAAUGGAACAGUUCAGCAUAAAAUGUAACAAAAAAAGCUUGGUGUGCUCUAUCAAUAAUACAUCCAAUUAUAAUCAAAUAUAUAAAACCCUCAUGCAUUACUAUUUGCAUGUUUCUGUACAAAUCAAUUAAAAAAAACCAAACCUAUGUGAUACUGGUGCAGUACCUUGAAACUAUCUUAAAUAACAAGCAAAGCUAACAAAAUCUAAGUGUUUGAUAUGAGCGUUAGACCUUAAUAUCUCUUCCAGCUGAAAGACUGUAUUAAAUUUAAUAAUUUCAUAUGGUCAGAAGUAUGGUUGCUGACAAAGAAUGUUCUAAAGUGAGUUGCUAGUUUUGUGUGAUACAAAAGAGCGUUACAAAAAGUACAUUUUUCAGCCAUGUGUCAGUAUUCUCCAUUUUUACUGCCUUGAAUGUUUGUAUUCACUUCCUACUUCACUAUGUAUUUUUGCAUUUCCUUAAAGUAACUGGUUAAUAUAUGCACUACAACACACUAUUUCAACUGACCCAGCAUUGGAAAAAUCAUAGCAUUGAACAUGCCUUCUUCCAACUAACUUUCAGAAUCCAUGCUGUUGGAAAUAAAUAUUUUCUCAUGACCUAAAUGUUUUGUCUGAUGAUACAGAUGUUUAAAAAAUUCAUUAAAACGAAAACAAAACUGAA